CUGUAUGUCAAGAGGCAGAGUGAAGAAAGGCUGUAAGGUUGCAGACUCUUUACACCCUUGUUGGUGGAACACAGACCGUAGCUGACCCCCAAAUACCUCCAUGAUGGGGGAUGGUACAGAUUCCGUCUACAAAUACAAAAAAUAUAAAAAUAUGAUUAUAAAGCAAUUUUUGUGACCCCUCUUACCACUGUGGCCUUUCUUGAAAUCUGAUGUGUACGUGAUAUGAUGUCCUCACAUGUGACAUGGGAUGAAGCUUGAAUGUUUAUCAAGCACUUUAACUGUACGUAUGCUAAACAUAACUUACAGACUGUAUAAAUGCAGUGAGAAAAAAGAGUACCAAUUACCCAUAGAUAACAUUUCAAGCGUAUAGAGCAGGACGAUUAAAAAUAUGCGACAUUUAAGAUAUGAACUAUAAAACUGUGAAUUUAAAAGUUCUGUAUAUGAUUUAUCAUAGAGGUAAGUGAUAAAUUGUACAGAGAAUAUUAAAUAUAAAUAAAAACAAUUAAUUCUUAGUUAAUUCCUAGUCAUUAAACAACAAACAUCUGUGCCUUUAGAAAUGGCUUGCAGACACUGGAUACAAUCACCUGUAAAACUGAUCAAGAGGAGAAUUACAUACAAUGCAGUGACUGAAAACAUCACAAAAUUAGAGAUAACAUCGAAGAUUGCCAUUCCUGCACGUACACAACGUUAUGCCAGAGCGAUAAAUGUGGCUUUUGGACCUAACUGGGCUGAUUAUCAUAAGGGAGAGAUUGACUUCUCUAGCUGUGACUUUCUGGCUCUUGGGCAUGAUCAAGCUAUAAAUAAGUCACAGGCAGAUUAUAUCAUCUCUGAGAUAAAUGAUGGCAAAGCUGCAUGGGGUAAGACAGGAAUCUGGCCUCGUUCACGCGAAUCCCCAAUGAUCGAGUUUCAAGAAAAAGCUGCAGAGUGGUUAAAAGCUGAUGCUGUCGUGCUCACCAAGAGUGGAAUGGAUGCAAACUGUAGUCUGAUAGAAAUUCUACUACAAUACAAUAAUAAUAACAUUCCUGUGUAUUUAGAUUUCCUGGCUCAUACCACAUUCCGUUAUGGCAUAAGAGCUAUGAAAGGGGAUAUGAUUGUGUUCAAGCACAAUGAUCUUGAGGACCUUGAGGCUAAAAUGACCAAAAGAGGGCCAGGGUUCAUAAUUGCAGACAGUAUAACCAGUUCAUUGGGAACCAUAGCACCAUUGAAAGACAUGUGUGACUUGGCAGAGAAGUAUGGGUCUGCCUUGAUUGUUGAUGAAAGUCAUGCUCUUGGUGUACAUGGUCAUGAGGGGAAUGGGAUUGUGUGUCAGUUAGGCUUAGAGGAUAGGGUGCAAUUUAGAACAGCAGCCCUUACAAAAGGAUUAGCCUGCAAUGGUGGAAUAUUUAUAGGGAGACGAGAAUUUGUUGGAUUAUUCCGGGGAGGCACUACCAAGUGUAUAUUCAGCCAUGCUGUUGAAGACCAUGAAGCAGUGCGACUCAUUAAAGCCUUAGAAACUGUUAAACAAGCCAAUGACAAAAGAAAGUCCCUUCAAAUAAAAUUCACAACCUUUAAACAAGAGUUGCGAAAAUUAGGCUACUUGGGUUAUUAUCUUAAUCAACCAACCCAACUAUUUGGACUGUGUACUGGUGAUUAUGACAACACAAUUAGAUUAGACAGGGCUCUGAAAUCAAAGGGUAUAUAUGCCGCACCGUUUGUAUUCCCUGUUGCCCCAAGAGAUCGUUCAUUGUUAAGAUGGACUAUUACUGAUGCGCUGACAAAGGAACAAUUGGAAUACACUCUUACAGUUCUACAGCAAUUCGUAGAAGAUGGCACGGCAAAGCCAAGUGAAUGGCCUGACUAUAAGAAGCCAUGUUAUUGAUCUAUAUGUAUAGACACAGAGUCCCAUUAUAGAUGAUUGGAUAAAACUUCAAACGAUUUCUGUAGUGCAUUUCAAUGUGUAUAAGAUGACAUAAAUUAGAGGUCAACCUGUAAAUUAAGAAUAUCAGAUAUUCCAGCACUGCUG